CAUUUCUAUCUCAAAUGUUCCAUUUCAAAAUUUUCGCAACCCAAUUCAGCAUCAUCCCCAAGCUCCACAGAAUCACAGACGCAAUACGAUUCCACAACAUUUUUCUCAUCCGCCAUUUCAGUACCUCAAAUUCCUCCUCCAAUGGCUCCGGCACGCCUUCCAAAGACGACUAUUUCGCCGCAAUCCACCAUAUCUCCAACAUUGUCCGCCGCGACAUCUACAUGGAGCGCACUCUCAACAAGCUCCGAAUCUCCUACCUCAAUUCCGAGCUCGUUUUCAGAGUCCUUCGUGCUUGCUCCAACUCAGGUACUGAAUCCUUCCGUUUCUUCAACUGGGCGUGCUCAAACAACCCCUCUUACCAACCUACUACGCUUGAAUUCGAAGAGCUCGUCAAAACCCUAGCUCGGACCAAAAAGUAUACGACGAUGUGGAAAGUUCUUCACCAGAUGAAGACUCAGAAUCUCAAAAUUUCACCAGAAACGAUAUCAUUCGUCAUCGAAGAGUAUGGUAAGCAAGGCCUUGUCGAUGGUGCGGUUACGAUUUUCAAUCAAUGUUCUAAAUCUAUCGAUUGUCCACAAACGGUUGAGGUAUAUAACGCAUUACUUUUUGCACUUUGUGAGAUUAAGAUGUUUCAUGGAGCUUAUGCAUUGAUUAGGAGGAUGAUUAGAAAAGGGGUAACUCCUGAUAAAAAGACCUAUGGAAUUCUUGUAACUGGGUGGUGUUCAUCGGGGAAGAUGAAGGAAGCUCAGCAGUUCUUGGAGGAAAUGAGCCAGAAGGGGUUCAAUCCUCCUUUGAGAGGUCGUGAUCUUUUGGUUGAAGGAUUGUUGAAUGCAGGGUAUUUAGAAUCUGCCAAGAACAUGGUUAGGAAAAUGAUUAAAGAAGGAUCCGUGCCUGAUUUAGGGACUUUUAAUUCUCUGAUUAAUGUUAUAUGUAACUCUGGAGAAGUUGAUUUUUGCAUCAAUAUUUAUCAUGAAGUGUGCAAAUUAGGACUUUGCCCUGAUAUAAAUACUUACAAGAUUUUGAUUCCAGCAACUUCGAAAGUAGGUCGGAUCGAUGAAGCAUUCAGGCUUUUGAAUUACUGUAUUGAGGAUGGACAUAUACCAUUUCCAAGUCUUUAUGGGCCAAUAAUUAAGGGAAUGUGUAAAAGGGGUCAGUUUGAUGAUGCAUUUUGCUUUUUCAGUGAUAUGAAACUUAAGGGGCAUCCACCGAAUCGGCCGGUGUACACAAUGUUGAUAACGAUGUGUGGACGUGGAGGGAGAUUUGUUGAUGCUGCUAAUUACUUGAUGGAAAUGGCUGAGUUUGGUUUACCACCGAUUUCGAGGUGCUUUGAUAUGGUUACUGAUGGAUUGAAGAGCUGUGGAAAGCAUGAUUUAGCUAAGAAAAUUGAGCAGCUUGAAGUUUCUAUUAGAGGUACUUGAUCUUGUAGUAAAAUAAUGAACAAACACUUUUCCUGCUUGAAGGAUGCGGUUUAAAGGGAUCACGAUCGUCCCGGAUUGUGGCUGAGACUACUUAUAUCUAGGUAUCAUAUACAACUUCUAAUGCUUCCUUUAUGAUAUAUCGCAUUGUUUGCUACA